AUGGUACGCAGAAUUCGAGAACCAAGCACUACAGAAGAUGAGAUAGUAAUCGAUACAUCACCAGCAAAGAAGCAUAAACGACAUAAACACAAGAAAAAGAAAAGAAAACCUGAACAUGAGUAUGAAAGUGACACAUCCAUCGAUGUGUCUUAUGAAGAUGCCAUGGAUAAACCAUUCAAAAUAAAAAGUAGAAAAGAAGUACCAGGCACCGCUGCAGAUUUACUAAAAGCACAAACUAUGAAAACCACAGAUUAUCGAAAAUCAAUGCCUGGAUCAUCUUCCAGUACUCCACCAAAGGUACCUCCUAAGAAAAAGAAAACAAAAGGCAAAGAUAGUGGUACUUCUAGUGAGGAGGAGAGGUGGCUGGAUGCUAUCAAAUCAGGCAAACUUGAAGAGGUAGAUGAGGAACUUAAGAAAAUCAAACCUAAAGAUCCCAAAAUGAUGACGGCUAGGCAAAGAGCUAUGUAUGAAAGAGGAACUGACAAAGAAACUAGUCCCGGUCGAGAAGUAUUACUCGCCUUGCCUUCAGGAUAUAAGGAAAAAGUGAUGACUGCUGAAGCAUUGCAGAAAGCUGCAUUAAAAUCACAAAAGCGGAAACAACUAGCUGAUGAAAAAAGGGAAAAAGAUAAAAAGAAAACAAUGGAUCGUCUUCUCAAGAAACAAGAGUCGAAAAACCUCAAGAACAUGCAUAAAGGAAAACCUCUUCGAAAGCAAGAACCCAUGAUAGUCUAUAAAAAUAAUAAAAAUGAAAUAACUCUUUCUCUCCCACCCGGAAUGGACUUCCCAUUGGAGACCAAAAAUUCUCUUGAACCGCCAAAGCCUGUUAAAUGUGGUGUAGAAGGCUGUAAUAAUAAUAAAAAGUAUAACUGUUCUAAAACUGGCUUACCAUUGUGUAGCUUAGAAUGUUAUAAGAAGAAUAUUGCAAUAAAUGUUCCAUAA